CCGCCGACACACCGCCUCUCGCGUCCUCCGUCACCAGCUUUUGCAUAAGUCCAAGUCGGUUUUGAAACCGUCAGUUCCAUAAUACCCCCCAGAUCAUAUUGCAGGGUCGGCAUUCCAAGCAUUGGACGGCGUAUGUCGCCGCCACCGACGUUCCUGGCGGGUCUGUGGGCAUCGGUCUCGAUGACCAACCUCCUUGAGGCGGACGCCCUGGACAACGUUGCCUUCCGCGCAGUCAUCAUCCUGGGCAGCAUUGCCCUUCUCGUGGUUGCCACGUUCAUCACUUUCCUCGGAUACAAGCACUUUUCGACGGCACUGGUUCUUCAAAGUGCCAUCCUUGGCGGCUACAUGGGAUGGUACAUCGGAGGGGCGUUCACCGAAUCGGCGGAAUCGAAACACGUCAUGGUCAACUUGUCCGUCGCGGUGGCGUUGGCGUUCUUCCUCUCUGUGUUUACGUGCUGCAUGAAGGGAGUGAUGCGAUUCCUCUUUGGGUUUGCGCUGGGCGUCCAGCUCGGGUCGGUCGCGAACAUCGUUUGGCUGCAUGCCUUACCGCUUGGCAUGAACGAGUCCAACCCAAAUAACCUCGGCUACGUUGUCAUGUCGGCUGCCGGAGUUGUGCUCGGAGCGCUCGCGUUUGCCUCUGGCAGAAAGGGCCACAUCGUGCUGACGGCGUGGGUCGGAGCGUACUGGAUCAUUCAGUCGGUGGGCAACUUUGUUGGCAACUUUCCAUCGCUUUUCUAUCCUUUUCCCCGCGAUGCGCGUACUGCGACUGUGUCCAUGUCGUAUUACAUUUACAUGGGGGCGUGGGUGGUGUUGGCCCUCGGCGGCAUCACGACGCAGGUCCACCUGACCACGUUCGACAGCAACUACCACGACCUCAUCGACGCUGAUGCAGCCGACGACGACGACACCUACCUCGCAAAGGACAUGCACAAGAGCAAGACCCCGUACACAAACGUGCAGGACGUCUCCGUGUGAGUUCCGAUCGGCCAAGUGCUCAUCGAUACCCCACAGGACAUGCUCCCAACCGUGCAUGUAGUAAUACUACAUGCGAAGGAUAAUAAUAAUACUAACCGCCACCUCGUCA